CACUAGUCUUUUUUAGAUUGGAUAGCAGAUCGGAGGCUAUCAAACGCAACCUGAGACAUUUCAAACUGAGCGAAAUCCUUUUGCUGCGGAGCGUCGCAGGGAUUCAUGGAGCUGUAGUAGACGGAGAGAGAGAGAGAGAGAGGGAGAUGCUAUCUGCUUUAUGCCCUUCGUCCAUUUCACCAACUACCCACCCUCACCGGCAACCUUCUCAAUCGGGAACAUGUGCCCAUCGGUUGAGAAUCCGCGCAACUGCCUUACCGGAAGAAUGUGACCGAGGUGCAGCAACGGGGUCGGGAACGAGUGCCAGAGGAAGGCGCCUUCUCAAAAUCAGGGAGGAGAAGAGGAAGAGAGAGUACGACCGAAUCCACAACUACCCAACUUGGGCAAAGAUUCUGGAGGACGCUUGUAAGGAUGAUUCGGAGCUUCGGGCCGUCCUUGGUGAUAGCAUUGGUAAUCCCGAGUUGAUGAGGAAAAAGGUCGAGGAAAGAGUUCGGAAGAAAGGCAGAGACAUUCGCAAGUCUAAGACAGGCUCCAUCGUUGCCUUCAAAGUCAGCUUCAGAGACUUCAAUCUCACGGAUUCAUAUAUAUGGUUUGAACUAUAUGGUGCUCCCUCAGAUCGAGAUGUUGACCUCAUUGGAAGUGUUAUACAAUCAUGGUACGUGAUGGGGCGACUAGGGGCAUUCAAUUCCUCAAAUCUGCAGUUAGCAAGUGCAUCCAUGGACUAUGAUCCACUCUAUGAUGCGGACAAGGGAGCUACUGUAAUGCCAUCCUCGUUCCAUGAUAUCAGUGACGUCGAGUUUCAGGACAACUGGGGUCGAGUGUGGGUUGAUCUUGGAACAUCUGACUAUUUUGCCAUUGAUGUGUUGCUCAAUUGUUUCACCGUGCUGAGCUCAGAAUAUCUUGGAAUCCAACAGGUGGUUUUUGGUGGCCAGAAAAUAGGUGAUUGGGAGGAAGGCAUGACCGACCCUGAUUAUGGGUACAAGUAUUUCAAGAUAUGACGCCCUAGUGUAAACGAGCUUUUAGCUGCUUAGUAUCAGAAGGAGAAAAUGGUUGAAGGAAGUCUGUGCGGUAUCUGCAGAUUUGUCGGUGUAUACAAGGCCAGUAUCAGUAGGAGGAAGCUUGUUGGGGUCAAUUAAUUCCACGUCAGUAGGAGAAAGGUUGUUGCAGUCAAUCAGUACCACUCCCCCUUGUUUGUCAGUCGAUUCAUGGCACCCUAACUUUGGCCGCGUCAACUGCUGCAGCAUUGUUUACUAUUAAUGAUAAUUAGCAUAGGAAGAAGAAAAUGGCAUGCAAGGGCAAUCUUUGUUUCUCAUCGUGUUGGAUUGAGUGAUCAUGGGAAAUUCCAUUUUCAGUUUCCAGGUGGAAGUGGCUGGAAAAUUCAAGCAGCACAUAGAAUAACUUGCACAGAAAAAUUAAUGUUUUUGAGCUUCCUGAUUAUAGCGACUCGUGCACAGAGAAUGAAUAUUUUGAUGGAUCCUAGCUUGUUCCUUCUGCCACUUGUUUCCCUCUGCUGGCGAUUGACAAAGCAAGAAGCAUGUUCACUUUUCAUGGUUGAAGUUAGCCUGUGCGGCUUCCACAGUUUUGUUGGUGUACAUGAAGCCAAUAUCAGUAGGAGGAAGCUUGUUGGAGUCAAUCAGAAAGCCAGAAAGGUUGAAGAUUGUUCACUUUUUAUAUGUUCGUUCACUUUUCCUUUUCAGACAAUCACAAGUCUGCUCCCGUUUCCUCAUUCUAAUAGCAUUAUAAACAUAAGAUCUUCAAGUGCAAAAUCGUUCCUGA